AUGUAUAUAUCAACAUAAAUUGGAAGAUGUAUAGUUGAAGAACUUGAUCUCAAAAAUAGAAUGCUAUACAAAACUUUAGAAUUGGAAUUAUAAUGUACAUAAAUUUAAUAUAAAUGUAGAUGAGGGAGGCUUGAAAGUAGUAAAAAAUACAUUCUAAAAUGAUCAAUAAUAUAAUUUAAAGACAUUCGACUUAAGAAAGAGGUUCAAUUUGAUACCCAAGAAUAUAUUCUAGUCUAAUUAACAAAUUCAAAAAAUAGAAAGGAGAUAAAAUCAAGAAGCUUCAAGAAAUUUUCGAUCUAUGAAUUUUACUUAGUAAAUAAUAGAAUAUGAAGAAAUUAAUGAUCAUACUCAUAAUGGUUUAUUGAGUGCAUUGAUAUAUGAAUCUAAAUAAAAGGAAAUAGCAUAAUCCUAAUAGUAGCCAUAAAACUCAUAGGAUUAAAAUUAAAUUAUAUUUCAAGAUAAUUCAGUUAAUGCUAUGAAAUUAUUGGUAUGUAUAACCAUGUUUAGAGAACCUCUAACUUAAUUAUAAAAAUCAAUUGAUGGUGUAGUGUAAUCUUUAGAUGCAUUUAUGAAGUAUGGAAUAGCUCCUCAUUAAAUUGGAGUAUGUGUAUUUUUUGAUGGAAUAGAGAAUAUACAUAAUGUAAUUGAUGAAAAUGGUGCAGCAUAUCAUGAAAAUAUUAUACGUAAUUAAAUAUUAUAAAUAUUUUAGCCUAUUUUAAAAGUCAUCUUGAUGAAGAAUAUGGAAUCAAAGAUAAAAAGACACUUGAUUAUUAGUAUUGGGAAUAUAAGAAACAUAAGAAAUUCUUUAAUGAUUACAAUCCUGAAAGCAUUAUCAAUUUAAGAAAAAACAAGGAAUUAUUAUUAAAGAAAUAUAAAAAGUAUAAGGAUUCUCUUCUUCCAAUAAUGAAAGCAUAAAAAGGUUCAUAAUGGUUACCAUAAGAUGAAUGGGUGGAAACCAAUAUUAUAUAGGCUAUGAUUAGAUAAUAUGAAUUAUCAAAAUAAUAUAUUUAAGAUAGAGAAAAUACUGCAUGGGUAUAUUAAGGUAGACAUGUUCAUAAGGAAUGUACAAUGCCAAUAUUUUAUGUUUUCAAAUUUAAAAAUGGAUCUAAACUUUCUUCCCAUUUAUGGUUUUUUAAAGGAUUUUGUGAAGAAUUGAAACCAGAUUAUUGUUUAUUGAUGGACUGUGGAGCUGUUCCAGCAAAAAAUAGUAUUUUUAGAUUAAUAUGUACAAUGGAAGCAGACCCAAAAAUAGGUGGUGUUUGUGGUAAUAUGAGAAUAGAAGAGGAGAUUGGAAAUAAUGAUAUAUAGAAUGAUUAAUAGAUGGAUAUUCUAAGUAAAAUUUUAAAUAAACAUUUCUUUUCUAUAAAAAAAUGCUAAUAAUGUGAAUAUGAUAUUGGACAUACUUUGGAUAAAAAUUAUGAAUCAGCCUUGAAUUAUAUUCAUGUUUUACCUGGAGCAUUCUCUGCUUAUAGAUACAAAGCUUUCUCUUAACAUUAUGUCAGGAGAUCUAAAUAGAGAGAUUAGAUUAGAAUUCAUUUAUAAGAUUUGUAAAGGAAUACAUCAGAUAAUUAAUAAGAACCUAAUAAUGAUAUAGAAAAUUAUUAAAGUUGUUAAAAUUUGAAUACUUAAACUAAAUAUAAUAUUCUCAAUUUUUAUUUAAGGUAAGUGAUGGAAUCAAAUUAUUAAUAUAGUAGUAUUACUGAAGCUAAUAUGUUUUUAGCUGAAGAUAGAGUAUUAUGUUUAUUAUUGUUUUGUUAAGAUUUUUAUUUAAAAUAUAUUCCAGAUGCAAUUGUUUAUGUAGAUGCUUGUUAAAGUUUAAUUGAUUUACUAUUUUAAAGAAGGAGAUGGAUAAAUGGAAGUUGGUUUGCUUUAAAUUAUGUAUAAGAAACAUAUCAUGAGAAAUUAGAGGAUAGUUCUCAUACAUGGGAAGCAAAAUAAUUAUUUAAGUUUAGCAUUAUAUGUGCAGGUUUAAAUUAACUAUAAUAAUACUUUUUUUAAUCAUUCUAAAUAGUUUGGUUGUAUAUGAUAUUGUAAGCAGUAGUAAAUUCAAAUGGAACUAUGAAAGAUCAAAAUUAUAAUCAUUUAUAGGAAUCUACUGAUAAUAUUAUAGUUUCAGUAAUCUUGGGAAUUUACAUUUUCUUAGUUUUAAUGCUUGUAUAUUUAUCUUUGACCUUUGACUAAUAGAUAUUAAAUAAUCUUAAUGGAUCUCGAGAUGAAUCAAAAAAACAAAUUUAAGAAAAAGUUAAGAAUUACUAUUAUUCAAGAUAUUAUUUUGUAUCUACUAUAUUGGGUUUAAUGAGUCUAGCAACUGUAGCUUAUACUAUUUAUUUACUAAUUUAAUAAAUUAUAUUAGAACUCACAUUUGCUUAAUUUGUUGAAGUGCCAAAUGUACCAUAAUCAUAUUAUAGUUUACUUAUAGUUAUAAAUUUUGGAAUUUUGGGACUUCCAUUUCUAUUCACUUUAGUAACUUAACCUUCAAUAAUAUUAAGUGUAGUUGUUAAUGCUAUUCAUUAUUUCUAUUAUCAACCUACUUAUACACAUUUAUUUAUUACUUAUGCUUUUUGUAGGAUUGAUGAUUUAUCUUGGGGAACAAAAGGUUUAACUGAAGAUAAUAGUCAAAAUAAAGUAUUUACAGAUAAAAUCUAUAAAAAAUAUCUAUUUGUAAUUAAAUGGAUAUUACUUAAUUGUAUACUAUCAGGAAUUCUUAUAUUAUUAUUGAAAAUGGAUAUUUCAAUAUUACCUUCAUUUUUAAUUUUAUUUGUGUCUGUAAUUUUAACUGUUAUUAGUAUACUAAAAGGAUUUUUAGCAAUAGUUCAUUUAAUCCAAUUUUAUAUGCCUUCAGGAACUAAAGAUAAAAGAGAAAAGUAAUUUUAUUAUAUUAUAUAUUUAGAUUAAUUAAAAACAUAGAUAAAAGAAAAGAUACUUUAGAAAGAGGUAAAACUUUUAACAUUAAUUUAUAAAAUUUCUUCAAGCCACAAAAUGUUAAAUGA